AUGGACAAUUUUGUUGUCUUGGUAUUCACGGCGGGUUUACCAGAAGAAGCCUUGGAUUGUUUUAGGUUAAUGGUUGCUGAUGGUUGUGAUCAAAACGAUCACACCUAUGUUGGGGCAGUAUCUGCUUGUGCUAACUUAGGAAAUGCUAGGACAGCAAAGGAAAUUCAUGGACGAGUUUACAGGAUUGAGGAAGCAUUGAAUAGCUUUGUUUCCAACAGUUUAAUCAAUUUGUAUGGGAAAUGUGGGCUGUUGAAAUAUGCUCAGUCUAUGUUUGAUGCAAUCACAGAGCAAACUCUGUUUCUUGGAAUUCGCUUAUUCAUGCUAUUGUCAGCGUGGAGAAUAUGCAGAGGGCUUGAUUGUCUUUUGCAGUUUCUUAGGGCAGGGAUGAAUGUGGAUGAAUUCUGUUGCGCAAGUGUCUUGAGUGUAUGUGCUGAAAUUCAAAAUCUUGUAUUUGGUAAGCAAGUGCAUUCGCAUGCAGUAAAGUGUGGAAUCAGAAUGGAUCAGUUUGUUGUGACUGGUCUAAUAAAUUUUUUUAUGAAAUGUGGUGAAUUGGACAUGGCUUAUCAAGCAUUCUGGGAAACAAAUGAACCAUUGCCGUCUGCAUGGACAGCGUUGAUGGGAGGGUGUGUUCAACAAGGUAAGGGAAAAGAAGCCAUUGUUCUUUUCCCAAAAAUUGCACUCUUCUGUUAUUGCGGAGAGGCCGCUGAACUGGCAAACUCAUUGUUGUAUCAUAAAACUGGGUUUGAUUCUCAUGUGGUCGUGGGAAGUGCCCUCAUUGACAUGUAUGCUAAAUGUGGACGGGAAGCUUUAGAGAUAUAUGAGAUGAUGGAGAGAGAUGGGAUCAAGCCAAAUGAUAUAACGUUUGUAGGAGUAUUAUCUGCCUGUGGGCAUAUGGGUCUUUUGGAGGAAGGAUUACAGUACUUUGAUUCCAUGAUCAAGGAUCAUGAAAUCACUCCAAGGACAGAUCAUUUAGCUUGCAUUGUCAAUCUAUUUGCACGUAAAGGGGAAACAAGGAGUGCUUAUGAUUUCAUAAAACAUUCUCCAAUUGAACCAGAGGAUACAUCUGCUCUUGUCAUGCUUUCAAAUAUUUAUGCAAAGGCAAAGAUGUGGAAUGAAACAGCGAAGAUACGGAGAAGCAUGAAGGAGAGGGCAUUGAAGAAAGAUCCUGGAUAUAGCUGGAUUGAAUUGAGAAGUAAUGUGUAUUCGUUUAGUUCAAUGCACGACUUGAACUCUGGAUGUUCUUCCAUGCAUGAGAUUUUGAACGGAUUGACAGCGCAGUUGUUCGAUACAGGAUAUUUCCCCUGCAACUGA